AUGCUUUGUUUCGGGAAAAAUUUCGCUAAUAAGUUGACCUUUUGCCCUUACAGCAAGGCGUUUUUUAAUCGUAAAUUCCCUAGCUUGUUUUCCGCCGCGGUUCAUAAGGCUGACGAGAAGAUGCAUGCACUGACACUUAAUGGGGACGAGAAGGAACAUUCAUCACGUAUCGUGAGGAUUGUUGACGAGAUCGCCUCUUUGACUCUGCUUGAAGUCGCUGAUCUGAACGAACUCUUGGCCAAGCGGCUAAAUAUCAAGGCACCGGUCCACGCCGUGACUCCCAUGUCUCCACAGCCAGCCUCACCAAAGGAACAUGAGGAAAGAGAGGAGGUAGAACAAGCGCCCUCAAAGACCGCUUACGCCGUUAAGCUAAUGAAGUUUGACGCCACAAAGAAGGUAGCCCUGAUUAAGGAGAUUAAGAACAUUCUUCCGGACAUGAAUCUGGUGCAGGCUAAGAAGUUUGUCGAGGCUGCUCCGGGAGUUUUGAAGAAGGACCUUAGCAAAGACGAGGCAGAACAAAUAAAAAGGGCCCUGGAGGCUUGCGGUGCCGCUGUAGAACUCGAGUGA